AUGGGAGACCACAACACCUCUUCACAUCGAGACCACAGAGACAUGAGAGACCACAGCACCUCUUCACACCGAGAUCACAGAGACAUGAGAGACCACAGCACCUCUUCACACCGAGAUCACAGAGACAGAGGCCACGGCACCUCUUCACACCGAGAUCACAGAGACAGGAGAGACCACAGCACCUCUUCACAUCGAGACCACAGAGACAUGAGAGACCACAGCACCUCUUCACACCGAGAUCAUCGAGACAUGAGAGACCACAGCACCUCUUCACACCGAGAUCAUCGAGACAUGAGAGACCACAGCACCUCUUCACACCGAGAUCACAGAGACAGAGGCCACAGCACCUCUUCACACCGAGAUCACAGAGACAGAGGCCACAGCACCUCUUCACACCGAGACCACAGAGACAGGAGAGACCACAGCACAUCUUCACACCGAGACCACAGAGACAUGAGAGACCACAGCACCUCUUCACAUCGAGACCACAGAGACAUGAGAGACCACAGCACCUCUUCACAUCGAGACCACAGAGACAUGAGAGACCACAGCACCUCUUCACAUCGAGACCACAGAGACAUGAGAGACCACAGCACCUCUUCACACCGAGAUCAUCGAGACAUGAGAGACCACAGCACCUCUUCACACCGAGAUCACAGAGACAUGGGAGACCACAGCACCUCUUCACACCGAGACCACAGAGACAUGGGAGACCACAGCACCUCUUCACACCGAGACCACAGAGACAUGAGAGGCCACAGCACCUCUUCACGCCAAGAUCACAGAGACAUGAGAGACCACAGAACCUCUUCACACCGAGACCACAGAGACAUGAGAGGCCACAGCACCUCUUCACGCCAAGAUCACAGAGACGUGAGAGGCCACAGCAUCUCUUCACACCGAGAUCACAGAGACAUGAGAGACCACAGCACCUCUUCACACCGAGACCACAGAGACCACAGCACCUCUUCACACCGAGACCACAGAGACGCAGAACGAGCUUUUAGAUGA